AGCACCUUCAAUGCUUUUUGACAAAGUCAAAUAUUGUCUCAUAGUGCGCGUUGGCCCAUAUAAGUGGCUUGGCCAAAUUCGAGUUGGCCAGACGUUAGCCAAUCGUGUCGUGAUGGCCAAGCAUUUGUUAUUCUUCGGGCUGGUGCUCAGCGCCUUGGGCUGCUUGGCGCUGGCCGAUCUGCGCGCCGAUCUGCGGGAUUUCAUGGCUCUGGUGCCGCGACGUCGCAUUGGCUAUAUAGCCGCACGCUACUAUAUAUUCGAUCCGCGGUUCCGCCAGGCCGUGGACUUUGUGCGCAGCGCGGAGUUCGCCCAGACCUGGCGGCAAAUGCGCAUGGCGCCCGACUUUGCCGAUCUGAUCGACUAUGUGACGGAGUACGGCUCGGGCUACGACGUGACCAGCGUGGUGGACAAGCUGCCCAAUCGACUGCGCGCCCUCCAGCUGUCGCGUGUCGUGCCCGUCGAGCUGAUGCUGCGCCGCGAUCUGACCACCUUUCUCCGCGAGGCCGUCCAGACCCUGCCCCGUGCCCAGUUCAACAGCCUGAUGACGCGCAAGGUGCGCGAGAGCGGCGACUUUGCCAAGCUCUACAGGGCGCUGCGCGACGACGAGUUCCGGCAGCUGGUGGAAACGGCUCGGCAUUCCAAGGACCUGCAGGCGCCACUGAACAAGCUGAGCCAAAAGCACAUCAAUGCGGACGAAAUCAUACAAAUCGUGUACGAGCUGAUAAGUUGGGGUCCGUCGGUUGCUCCGGGCAGCAAGUUAUAAUUAAGUAUUUAUGAAUUACCUUGAAGCGAACGACUCAUUAAAUAACCCAGAGCCCAACAAAACAUCGA